ACCAAUAGUGGAGUAGCAUUGCCGCGCCGCGUCCAAUAAGGGGGAGGCAACAUGAAUGCGUCACUGCCAAUGAAAAUCUGGCGGCAGUUAGAACUGUAUUUGAAAGUGCGGGAGCGGUGAGGUCGGACACGGGAACAGCUCGAGUUCACCACUCCAUCCAGUGCUACGGCGGCCCAGAGGGUUCUAAGGAAGGAACCGUAUGUAUCUACAUUUACCACCCCGUCUGACAAUCUACUGGCCCAGAGGACUCAGCUCUCUCGCAUUACCCCCUCUGCUUCCUCCAGCGUUCCAGGUAGAGUGGCAGUAAGCACAGAGAUGCCCUCCCAAAAUACUGCACUGGCAGAAAUGCCCAAAAGGAAGUUCACCAUCGAUGACUUUGACAUUGGCCGCCCAUUGGGGAAGGGAAAGUUUGGGAACGUGUACCUGGCUAGGGAGAAGCAGAACAAGUUCAUUAUGGCUUUAAAGGUUCUAUUCAAGUCUCAGCUGGAGAAGGAGGGAGUGGAGCACCAGCUGCGGCGUGAGAUAGAGAUCCAGUCUCACCUCAGACACCCAAACAUCCUGCGCAUGUACAACUACUUCCACGACCGCAAGCGAAUCUACCUCAUGCUGGAGUUCGCCCCUCGAGGAGAGCUGUACAAGGAGCUGCAAAAACAUGGCCGCUUUGAUGAGCAGAGAAGUGCUACAUUUAUGGAAGAGCUGGCUGAUGCCCUGCACUAUUGCCACGAAAGGAAAGUCAUCCACAGAGACAUCAAGCCCGAGAACCUGCUCAUGGGAUACAAAGGGGAACUGAAAAUUGCAGACUUUGGCUGGUCUGUUCAUGCCCCAUCACUCAGGCGUCGGACAAUGUGUGGAACUUUGGAUUAUCUGCCCCCUGAGAUGAUCGAGGGAAAGACUCACGACGAGAAAGUGGAUCUAUGGUGCGCUGGGGUUCUCUGUUACGAGUUCCUUGUAGGAAUGCCUCCAUUCGACAGUCCCUCCCACACAGAAACACAUCGGAGAAUUGUCAAUGUUGACCUUAAGUUUCCGCCUUUCCUGUCCGACGGCUCAAAGGACCUGAUCAGCAAGCUCCUCCGCUACCACCCACCACAGCGUCUCCCGCUGAAAGGUGUCAUGGAGCACCCUUGGGUGAAGGCAAACUCCCGCCGUGUCCUGCCUCCUGUCUACCAGUCCACCCAAUCAAAAUAGUUACUCUGCCGAUUGCCUGAAGUUGUGCGACUUUUUACUGCACUUGGUAGUUGACCUGGAUCCAAUGACCAUGAAGUGCAGACUUGUGAUUAACAACACUUUGCCACUGCUGAAGCCAUUAUAUAAUAUACACACAUGGAUCAGUACAGGGGGAUACUGCAGUGGGCCGACUGUUCCUUUCCUUACUACUGAAGUCUGGAACUUCACUUUUUUUUUUUUUUUCUGUUUGUGAAAUGAGCUGCUCUAUUAACCUAUAAUGAAUACAAAUACUGGCAAACCUCUUAUACAGGGGACUUCAGGGUAUUGAGUGUGCAAGUUACAUCAGCAAAGAGAUAAACAGACCAGAUCCAUUGUCGGCAGUCACAACGUUUGGCUAAAUAUGGCUGCACUUACGACCCCUCUGUCCCAGCCUGCUCUGCAUCCAACACUGUGAAUGGGGGGCUUGGUGGGCUCCAAUGCACCAAAGUAAUCCACAUACUGCCUUUCAAGCUUUUGGUGUCGGGCAUUUAUGUUCAGGCUUUUGUUUUCAGUGCGUUCCUAUGUAGAAGAUAGCCGUCGGUUAGAAAUGUUUUCUAUGGUUUUAUAUUUAAAGUGUAUAUAUUUCCUUGUUCAAUUCCGGGUUUUGUUCUUAUGCUCUGUAUGACUUGGUCCUCCCAUUAGCAGAGACUAUUCCUCUCUAUGACUGCAAGUAUGAGUGAUGUCACAAUUGUUGGGGAGAGUUGUCUGCUCAUAUUAGUUGUGCUUGCAGCAGCCACGUAACAGUAGUUUGAAAGCCUUCGGCCACCCCCAAUUCCAUAUUCGCGGGGGUUUGGCUGAAAUCUGCAAACUACCAUUAAAUAAAAUCUAAUCUCUGGAGUGGGGAGGAAGUGUAAUACUUGGAUGUUUUCUUUGUAAAUAAAGUAUUGUAAUCUUCUAA